UCUCUCUCUCUCAAAAAUGAAGCUCUUUUUCCCUAAUGUUUCUUCUGCAUUCAUCUUCAUAUGAAGUUUGAGCUUUGUGGCAUGUAUUCAAAAUAAACGACUAAAAAGUUGAAGUUUUUCCAUUCUUGCAUGCAUCUUUGAAUCAAGUUUUCUCAUGCAUUCACUAAACACGCAAAGAUUAUCAAAUAUCUAUCUUACUUUGAAGUGUUUUUGGUGAAAUCUUCAAGCGUGCCAGACUAAAGAGACUUACUCAUCCACGCAAUGGGCAUUACGGAACUCUGGCUGCUGCUGUUGUCAAUAAUGCUUGCAACUUCAGCUGCUGCUGUGGAUCAACAGACCUACAUAAUUCACAUGGACGCCACAAAGAUGGCCACCACCAACCCCGAACAAUGGUACACGUCCAUCAUUCAUUCCAUCAACCAACUCUCAUCUAUCAACGACGAUCAAAAUGAAGCAUCAAAUGCGGCUGAGAUUCUUUAUAUCUACAAAACUGCCAUUUCAGGGUUUUCUGCUAAGCUCUCAACAAGAAAGCUUCAUUCUUUGAGUAAACUCCCUGGCUUUCUGGCUGCCACUCCUGAUAAACUACUACAGCUUCACACCACCCACACCCCCCAGUUUCUGGGCCUACAAAGAGGACAUGGCCUUUGGAAUGCUUCAAACUUGGCUUCUGAUAUCAUUAUUGGUGUAAUUGACACUGGCAUUUGGCCUGAGCAUAUUAGCUUUCAGGACAAGGGUCUGCCCCCAGUGCCUAAAAAAUGGAAAGGCACCUGUCAAGCAGGCCCCAAGUUCUCACGUUCAAAUUGCAAUAAGAAACUCGUUGGCGCAAGAGCCUACAUCAAAGGCUAUGAGACCAUCCUCGGUCGAUUGAACACGACCGGGACGUUUCGGUCGGCUCGAGACUCGGACGGGCAUGGCACCCACACCGCAUCCACUGCUGCUGGGAACAUUGUGUACAAAGCAAGCCUUUAUAACCAAGGCAUGGGGGCAGCCACUGGAAUGAGGUUCACUUCAAGGAUUGCAGCAUAUAAAGUAUGCUGGCCGGAGGGGUGCGCCAGCACCGAUAUUUUGGCAGCCAUAGACCGCGCUGUCGUCGAUGGAGUCGAUGUUCUGUCGCUUUCGUUAGGCGGCGGUGAUGGUUUUUUUUACCAAGAUGAAAUAGCCAUAGCUGCAUUUGGUGCUGUUCGAAAUGGGGUUUUUGUGUCAUGCUCAGCUGGAAAUUCUGGCCCAUUUAUGUCGACUGUUGGUAAUGUAGCGCCAUGGAUCAUGACAGUCGCUGCAAGCUACACUGACAGAACCUUCCCAGGCUCUGUAAAACUUGGAAAUGGCCAAAUAUUUGAAGGCUCUUCUUUGCAUUCUGGGAACAGCAUAGGUGAACUCCCACUUGUUUAUAACAAAACUGCGGGUGGAGAAGAAGCAAGUGUUUGUACAGCUGGUUCGCUGGUCCCAUCAAUGGUGAAGGGCAAAAUUGUGGUAUGUGAAAGAGGCACAAACUCGAGGUUUGAAAAAGGAGAGCAAGUAAAGUUAGCAGGCGGAGUUGGAAUGAUUCUGAUCAACACACAACUUGAAGGUGAAGAGCUUUUUGGUGACUCUCAUGUUUUACCUGCCAUUAAUCUUGGAGCUUCAGCUGGCAAAGCCAUCAUAAACUAUAUAGCUUCCUCGAAACACCCACCGAAAGCUUCAAUCCUGUUUGAAGGGACCAGAUAUGGGAGUCGAGCACCCAGAAUGGCUGCCUUUUCUUCUAGAGGACCCAGCUUCUUCGAGCCGUACGUGAUAAAGCCAGACAUAACUGCCCCUGGGGUUAACAUAUUAGCUGCUUGGCCACCCGUUGUGAGCCCAAGUGAGCUCAAGUCUGAUAAAAGAAGAGUGCUGUUCAAUAUAAUUUCGGGAACUUCUAUGUCCUGUCCCCAUGUUAGCGGCAUAGCUGCAUUACUUAAAUCAGCUCACAAGAAUUGGUCGCCUGCCGCUAUCAAAUCUGCACUUAUGACCACAGCUUACGUUAAUGACAACAAAAGGAGUCUCAUUUCCGACGUGGGUCGCCCUAGCGGUGGACCUGCAGAUCCUUACGCGUUCGGUUCUGGGCAUGUGGAUCCCGAGAAAGCUGUGGACCCGGGAUUGGUCUACGAUAUCGUGCCACAAGACUACCUAAACUACUUGUGUAGCUUGAACUACACGUCAAAACAAGUUGGUUUAGUUUCAAGAGGGAAUUUCAGUUGUCCAUCAAAAAGAACUGUUCUUCAGCCAGGGGACUUGAACUACCCUUCUUUCUCUGUUUCCAUGAAGAACAAGGCCAAGAAUGUUAGAUUCAAGAGAACCGUCACAAAUGUCGGUACCCCAAGCAGCGAUUACACUGUCAAAAUCAACAAUCCCAGUGGAAUAAGAGUCAGUGUGAAGCCUGAGAAGCUAAGUUUUAGGAGAUCCGGACAGAAGCUGAGCUACCAAGUGAGUUUUGUUGCAUUGGGUAAAAGAGAGGGUUUGAGUGACUUUUCUUUUGGGUCUCUUGUUUGGGUGUCAGGAAAGUAUAGUGUGAGAAGUCCUAUAGCAGUAAACUGGGAGUAGAGAAGGGUGGGAGUAUUUCAUUCCAGAGUUCUCACUUAUGAGAAUUUAAUAAUGUUUGUCACUCCCAUGCAAAUUUGUAAUCUCAAAACUAGGGACGCUGCUGUAAGUUUAUAUAAAUGUAUGCUCUUUUU